AUGCCCAGAUUGCACCAUGAGUUUUUAUACCCUGAAGAAACAGAUAAGGCCUACACCACAAAGUCGUUGGUUGAUGCAUUUCAAGAGUAUACAAGCCAUGCUAAACGAAUCCGGAAUCGGUAUAACUCUAAAGAUAACGGAAUGAACAUAUUGGUGGGGUUCGAAGUAGAGGGCAUUGAUUUAGAGCAUAUAAUGUAUGCCAAAGAGCUCUUUGAAAGUGGCAACUAUGAUAUGGUGGUUGGCUCUGUACAUCAUGUCAAUGGGGUACCUAUAGAUUAUACUACCGAGAUUUGGAAUGAAGCAGUGGCCAAAACUCACAAUCAAACAGUCCGUCAAUUGUAUAGUGAUUACUUUGAACUUCAGUAUACGAUGAUAUCAACACUACACCCCCUGGUUAUAGGACAUUUUGAUUUGAUCUCAUUAUUCAUGCCUCUAGAUGAUAUCGACCCGACUACAAAUAAGAAGUUGGCUGACGUACAUAUCGAAUCUGAUUGGCCAGAUGUAUGGACUAAGAUAGAACGGAACAUACAGGCCGUUACGGAAUACGGAGGACUUUUUGAAUUGAAUUCUGCGGCUGUUAGGAAAGGUUGGGCUACUCCUUAUCCCCGAGAACCUAUAGCCAGAGCCAUUGUGAGCCACGGAGGUCGUUUCUGUCUCUCGGAUGAUUGUCAUGCCAUUAAACAAGUGGGUAUGAACUUUCACGUGACUUGGAAGUAUGUUAGAGAUAUCUUGAAGUUAUCUUCAAUAUACCAUUUACAAAUUGAUUCACUGGGGAAAGUAAGUGUCCUAGAAGAUAGCGUUAGCGACUUGGACCAAUCAGAGUUCUGGAAACAAUACCAAUAG